AUGGUCCAUAUUCAAAUGGAAUUGACGCUUAUUGGCCACGAUGUGAGUCUCUUCCAUACUUUGCAAACUCUCCAUUUCUCACAUGCAACACCCCUUCAUUCGAUGCAGCUAGACAUGCAGUCACUUCCGGUCCUUAGCAUCGGGAUUAAGCGACACAGAUCAAUAUGGGAACAUCUUACAUUUUAUAUCGAUACCAGAUGCUACGCGGUACCUACUACUACUUCCAGCCCUGAAAGGAGAGAUAGCUACUUAGCGAUAACAGUAUUCGUAGACAAAUGCAAUAAGGUAUUGACGCUUGGGACACCUCGCCACCAUCCCUGCCUCACGCGUUCCGGAAACCACGCCAAUAAAUCAGGGGAUAAUCCCUCCUGCCGGCCUACACCCCUAGUAUCAAGGCUUGGGUUACUACUCUUUCCAAUUCGCCUCGAUGGAUUUGACUCGUUAACAAUAGCCCAACUCGAGUCACUCUUGCUGCAAAUCUAUCCACUGCUCGACUCGGGGUGCUGGAAGGAUGCUGAGCUUUCACUGGACCAUUGGCGUGGAAGCGGAGCCUCGCGGCCUAACGACUGCAACGCUUUGGUGAUAUUUGCGACUUCACCAUGGUGUCGACAUGUGUGGGGUUUGAGAGAAAUUGUGCGAGCAUUGAUUUGCUCCGCUUGCGUCAUGUUGGGGACUUUUAAGCUCGAAACAUUCCUUUGUCGUGAAAGGCACCAGCCAAGACAUGGGAAAGUGUCAAAGCGCGGAAGCUGGGGAAAGGAAGAACAAUGGAGAUUCUUUAAGGUCAAUUUUGAGCAAGAUUUUGUCAGUGUGAGCCCCGAAGCGCGGUUAUUCCUCUUCACUAUCAAUCUCCCGUCCCGAGCUCUUCAUCGAUAUAUUAAUCCUUCUUACUUUAACUAUUUUCUGGAUUUCUGA